GAGGAGGAGGAGGAGGAGGAGGAGGAGGAGGAGGCGGCGGAGAAGGAUACAAAUGCUCUUGACGACCGCUCUAUACCACCGAGCAAUGAAAACUUCGUCUCGCCUGGAUCAAUCGACAAGAGCGCCGCCGAGGCCCAAGCCGCCUUAUCACCUAUGACCUCCGUCAUUCCUCCUUCGGUGCCCACGGUCAAAUGGACAGGUGUAGAUAUUGGACCGUGGUCAAGCGUCUUACAAGCCUUCCACACCGCCAUCAAGUCACAUUGGAAGGUCCCGAUCGAGAUCGAGUAUAUCGAGUUGAACAUCCUAGAGGAUACGAGGAACAUUGUCAAUGGCAGUGGCAACACCGCACAUCCAUCAUCAUCAUCAUCAUCAUCAUCAUCACCACCACCACACCCACCACCCUCAUCGUCGUCGUCGUCAUCGCCUCUUUCAGACUUGCUCGAGUCUUCUUCUGCCUCACUACCCCCUCACCUCAUCACCCUCCUAUUCACCAUCACUGAACUCUUUACGCAAUCUAGACAACGCACGCUGGCUCUCUUACGAUCUCUCUCGGCUUGUCCAUCUGGGACGUUGUUCCUAGUGUGCGAUUCAGCCUCCGACUUGGCCGAUUUUGAAUUAGGCACUCAGGGAAGAAAAUGGCCAGUCUAUAUGAUAUUAGAUAUGAUCAUGGGUGUCAAGUCGAGUCAAGGGACCAAAGCGACAUCAUCAUCUUCCUCCUCCACCACCACCACCACCACCACCACCUCCUCCUCCUCCGCCUCCUCCUCUCCCUCGGUCUCUGCCUCGUCUGAGCCCACCUGGGAGCUCAUUCACUCUGAAAACAGCCGAUGGUAUCGAUUACCAGAUGGAUUGGGAACCCAUUGGCCAGUCAAGUUGGAAAAUACGAGGUAUUGGUCGAGGUUGUACAGGCGGGUCUGAGCCGGAGGGUUAGAACCGAAGGAUGAGAGACUAGUCAGGGCAUAGUGUAACAGUAGCCAUCAUCACCUCACGAAUCAUGAUCAUGUGAAAAGAACAUCAUUUCUGUCGAAGUAUCUUUCUUCAUUUCAGUCUAUAUUCAUUCAGCUUUUGAAUCUGCUGCUGCUGAGAAGAAGACUUGGCAUGGAACCGCAGCGAUGACGUUUUGAUUCUGGAACCGCUGGGCUUAGACGGAC